UUUCGCUGUGGCGUCGUAUUGCGCAGCGCGUCUAUUUUUGUCUCCUGAUAGGUCAGUCCGACAUUUUGUUUCAGUUUCCUGACGCACGCGAAAACGGGCAAUAUGCCUUUGCAUGCCAACGGAUGGUCAAAUGAAGAAGACGAAAACCUUGUCGAAUUAGUGCAACCUCAUAGUUUUUUGUAUAAUGUGCUUGACCCUUCAAGGAAGAAUAUUUUAGCGCGAGAAGCUACAUGGCAAAUAAUAGCGCAAUCAUUGUCCAAGCCAGUUGAAGAAUGCAAAAAGCGAUGGCGUGGACUUCGAGACAGUUACAUGAGAUGUAAACGAGUUGGAGCGAUGCACAAAACUAAAGUCGGCAUUUUCGAGAAGCUGCAUUUCCUUGACGAGUCUGCAGAGAGUGUGGAAGAUAAUCUGGACACUAUAGAAGUGAUCACGGACCAGCAUGAGAAAAAUAGAGUUGUUACCAAAACCGAGGAGCAAGUUAUCACAGACAACCAAGAAUAUUAUGAGAUAACUGUAGUAGACGGACCACAGGAACCACAAAUCAAGCCAUUUAUUAAAAUACUGCCACGGAUAGAAACUAAGGAAGAGCCUCCAAAGAAGAUUAGAAAGACGGCUGGACGAAAAAAGGCUGCACCGAUUCCUAAAGACAUCCCACCAGUGAAAAUUCUGCCCAAACCUAUAUUACUGAAUGGUCCAAAAUUACUUCGGUACGUGGAGAAUCCAAAGACACCGGAGCAGAGAUCUCAAGUCAUAGAUAAACUGAUUGAAAAGGUACUCAAAGAAAACACAAAUGAAAUUGAUGUGUUCUUUAGAAGCAUGGCUGCUAGUGUGAAGAAACUACAGCCGAAUUUAAUACCCAAAGUCAAAAUGGAAGUGUGCAAUGUUAUUGCAAAAUACGAAAUGCAGAGCUUUGAGAAAAAUCCACAUACUUAAUGUGAAAUAUUGAUAUUUGACUAAUGGAUCAUGCUCUGUCAUUUCAACUAAAAAGGAGACUGAAAAUGCUUCUUGUAAGUGCAUUGCUAUUAGCAUUGUUUUGUGGCUCCUAUAAUUGUCUGUAUGUAAUGUGAUAAUGACAUAAUAGUAAAAUAUUUAUUAAAGACUCACUUAAAGUGAUUUAGUGCUCUGUUAAUUAUUAUUACUUAUAUUUAUGAAGAUUACUGAAUAAAACCUAUGGGUGUCUUAAAUAAUGAUUUAAUUGUACCUAAUUCUUAUUACUUACGCUCUUCAGAGUCGGGGGGAAACUUCGGGAAUUUUAUAGCUAUAUCACAUAUUACAUGCUUCCAUGUUUAAUGUUAGCCAAAAAAAUAGAUUUCAUCAUACAAUAAUGUUUUGUAAUUGUUAUGUAAUGAUCUUAUACUUACUGAAAUUGUAAUCGUAAAAGUCAUGUCUGAUGCCUUUCGGUGACACCAGUGUUAGCAAUAACACACUCGAAAAGAAAAAUAUUGAAAUUGUGAUUACACAAAAGAAUUUUAAAUUUGGCCCCAAAUGAGGAAUUCGUCCAGUCACCCUACACCAAUACACGUCCAGUCACCCUACACCAAUACAUGACCAAUAAACAGUGCACUGUCCAUUAUUAACAGAUCGCUGAGGGACCACGACUAAUUAAAAUUGAUGUUUCACAGUAGGGAUCAAUAAUGGGCGAAUUUAGAAAAAAAAAAUAUGGAUCUUGUAUGUAUAUAUUAUCCUAACUAAUAUUAUAAAUGCGAAAGAAAGUUUGUUACCUCUUCACGCCCUAUUUAUUAUUGACUCAACUACUUAAUCUUCUUGAAAUUUUGCAUACAUGUAGUUUGAAGUAUGGAGGCUACCUUUCAUCCCGGAAAAAUGAGAAAUUUACGCGGGCAAAAGCUAGCAUUGUAUAAUACCGGCUCCACACCAUUGCCAAAUUUUGCUGUCCUAAAUUGUAGGAUUAUAAGGAAAUAGGACGCCGGGAUAGGGUAGCGAGAGUCGAAAAAGAAGAAAAACCUCACAAACCUACAAUUAUAUUUUAUCUUCGAUCCGGGUUCGAUCCCCCGUCGGGUCAUGAUGGAAAAUGAUCUUUUUCUGAUUGGCCCGGUUCUUGGAUGUUUUUCUAUUUAUAAGUAUUUGUUAUAAAAUGUGGUAUCGUUGUGUUAGUAUCGAACUUACUUUGGGGCUAACUCAAUCUGUGUGAUUUGUCCUAAUAUGUAUUUAUUUAUUAUCUUCUGGCAGUAUAUUAGCACCACUAUAUUUAGGCGUGUACCGACGGCAGAGGGCGGGGGUGUCUAGACGACAUCGGUCACUGCCCGCGCUCGCUAAUUUUCAGGUACCUAGUACCAAAUCACUAUAAAUAAAAUAGCUUUAAUAAAUAAAAUAAACUGGUAAAAAUGA